AUGGAUCAAGUUCAUGCACGAGCCCUGGAGGCUCUCCAGCCGUUCGUCCUACUCGCCAAAUCAACCAGCGCAAGCUCGCCCCGCUUCAUCGCGAAUAUCAUCACAAAUGCCACUUCAAGCCCACAAACAUAUGUCUUCGCCGAGCUGCUCGAACUGCCAGCAGUCCAGGCAUUGCGGUCACCAGACACACCAGCCGAUUUCCAAGGCCAUCUGAAGCUGCUAGAGAUAUUCGCGUGGGGCACAUUGCAAGAUUACCAAGCAACCCCAAACCUCCCACAAUUGAACCCAGAACAAACAACCAAACUCCGCCUCCUCUCCCUCCUCUCCCUCUCAACAACAAUAAAACCAUUAACAUACACCUCUUUAAAAACCGCCCUAUCAAGCCCAACAACAACAGACCUCGAAUCCCUGAUAACAACAGCAAUCUACGCCUCCCUGAUAACAGCCCGCCUCUCACCAGCCAGCAAACCCCCCUUGGUAAAUAUAACCGCCGUCUCGCCCCUCCGCGACGUGCAACCAACCUCCCUGCCAAGAAUGAUCUCCACCCUCACAGAAUGGGAGUCCCGCUGCGGAGACACUGUGACCGAUCUGGAAGCAGAGAUCGCCCGCAUUAAGAGCGAUGCUGCUAAGCGCGCGCAGCAAAAAUACACUUACGGGCAGCGGCUUGACAAGUCUCUUGAACGGCGCCAGAAUGGGGCUUCCGGGGAAGGCGGUGCUGGUGGUUCUGGGCGGAGGGGGAAUAGGGCUAGGUUUGGGGCUGGGCUUGGUGGGAGUAAGAGGGAUGCUGAUGAUAUCGAUCAGGAUGAUGGGUUCUUUGAGACUGGUGAUGGGGAGGGUUCAAGGAUGGAAAUUGAUGAAGGGGCUGGGGCUGGGGGUCGUGCUGGGAAUAGUCGGUCGAAGAGGGUGCUUGGACGGAAGUCUUGA